AUGGUCACUCCAUCUCAAGUUUAUAGAUCAACCAGAUCAGACUCCACUGAAACCAGAUCGUUUGAAGAAGCUGUUCUUCAAGGUUUGGCUACCGAUGGUGGUUUGUUCAUUCCACCAACCAUCCCACAUGUUUCUGCCGAGACUUUAAAACAAUGGUCUAAAUUGUCCUUCCAAGACUUGGCAUUUGAAAUUAUGAGUCUAUAUAUCGCAAGGGAUGAAAUUCCAAGUGAAGAUUUAAAAGCCUUAGUUGAUAGAUCUUAUUCUACCUUCCGUUCUAAGGAUGUCACACCAUUAGUCAAGAAUUUGACUGGCUCUAAAGAAAAUAUCCACAUCUUAGAAUUAUUCCAUGGUCCAACGUAUGCUUUCAAAGAUGUUGCUUUACAAUUUGUUGGUAACUUAUUUGAAUAUUUCUUACAAAGAUUCAAUCAAGGUAAACAAGAUAGUGAAAAGAAGAAGUUGACUGUUGUUGGUGCUACUUCUGGUGACACUGGUUCUGCCGCUAUCUACGGGUUGAGAGGAAAGAAAGACGUUUCUGUGUUUAUUUUAUACCCAACCGGUAGAAUCUCUCCAAUCCAAGAGGAACAAAUGACCACUGUUCCAGACAAAAACGUCCAAACCCUAUCCGUCAACGGUACUUUCGACAACUGUCAAGAUAUCGUGAAAGCUAUCUUUGGUGACAAAGAUUUCAACUCUGGACAUCAUGUUGGUGCUGUUAAUUCUAUUAACUGGGCAAGAAUUUUAGCUCAAAUUACAUAUUAUUUCUACUCAUAUUUUCAAGUCACUGAUGGUAAAGAUGAGAAAGUUAAAUUUGUUGUACCAAGUGGUAACUUUGGUGACAUCUUAGCUGGUUAUUUUGCCAAGAAAAUGGGCUUACCAAUCGAAAAAUUAGUUAUUGCCACGAAUGAAAAUGAUAUUUUAGACAGAUUCUUGAAGUCAGGUACCUAUGAAAGAUCAGAUGCCGUUGCUGCCACUUUAUCGCCAGCUAUGGACAUUUUAAUUUCUUCUAAUUUUGAAAGAUUACUAUGGUUUUUAGCUAGAGAAAACUUAACAGCCAACGGUUCUGAUGACUUGAAGGCUGGUGAAAUUGUAAACAACUGGUUCCACCAAUUAAAGACUGCAGGUAAAUUUAUUGUCGACCCAAAGAUCAUUGCCGGUGCUUCUGUAGAUUUCGCUUCUGAAAGGGUCUCCAACGAGGAAACUAUCUCUACCAUCAAGGACAUUUACCAAAACAGUGAAAACCCUAAAAAAUACAUUCUAGAUCCACACACUGCUGUUGGUGUCUGUGCCACCAAGAGAGUUAUUGCCAAGGAUUCAAACGACGCAAACCUUCACUAUAUUUCUCUAUCUACAGCUCAUCCAGCUAAAUUUGCCGAUGCUGUCAACAAAGCAUUAUCUGAAUUUGAAGGUUACUCUUUCGAAAAAGAUGUUUUACCAGCUGAAUUAAAGAAGCUAUCGACUUUAGAAAAAAGAUUAAAGUUUGUUGAAAAACCAGAUAUUGAAUUAGUUAAGAAUGCCAUUGAAGAGGAAUUAGUUAAGAUGGGAUUAUAA